AGGAAAAACAUAAUAUUCUGAAUUUACUAUGCACCAUUUCGUCGUUACUGUAUGGGAGGUGUUUGGAGCAGGAAUAGAAACAACCAGUACCACACUAAGAUUCAGAUUCUUGCUACUUAUGAAGCAUUCUGAGAUCACAGUGAAAGUCCAGGAGGAGAUUGAGCAUGUGAUUGACCGACACAGGAGCCCCUGCAUGCAGGACAGGAGCCGCAUGCCCUACACGGACGCUGUGAUACAUGAGAUCCAGAGAUACAUUGCCCUGGUCCCCAGUAACGGGCCCUAUGCAGUGACGCAGGACAUCCAGUUCCGAGGAUACCUCAUUCCAAAGGGCACACACAUACUACCAUCUCUGACUUCUGUCCUCUAUGAUGAGAAAGAAUUCCCUAACCCUGAGAAAUUUGACCCUGGACACUUCUUGGAUGCAAGUGGCAACUUCAGGAAGAGUGAUUACUUCCUGCCUUUCUCUAUAGGAAAAAGAGCUUGUGCUGGAGAGGGCCUCGCCCGCAUGGAGCUGUUCUUAAUCCUGACCACCAUCUUGCAGCAUUUUACCCUGAAGCCUCUGGUUGAUCCAAAGGAUAUUGAUCCCACCCCAGUGGAUAAUGGGUUUGUCUCUGUCCCACCCUCCUAUGAGCUGUGUUUUGUUCCAGUCUGAAGAAAGCACUGGAAUCCCUCUGGGCAACACAGAUGGUUUCAGGCAUCUGUGUCACCUGUUACCUUCCCAGUCAUUACUAAUGAGAAUCCAAUCUCUGAGCUCUGUGUCUUCUCAAGUUUUCUGUCCUACAAGCUACAUUUUAAUUUCUCUAAUGGAAUAAAGCUCAUUGUUUCAUCACCAAUAAAAUUAUUUCUGUAAAACAA